AUGGUCGGACGAUUGGCUCUUGCUGCAAGCUGCUUCCUCCUUCAGGCCAUUGCCCAAUGCACGCGCGGCCAGGCACACUGCAAGGCUCGAAAUCAGGGCCCAACUCUCCUGCAGGUGCACGUGCGCGAGUCUGUUCAGAAGGCGCCAGCUCCGGAACCCUCGAGUGACUUCGUCCUUCUUGAAAACGAAGAUGGCAAUUGCCUCAUGGCGGUGGAUGCUCCGAUGAAUGGCAUACGCCCCACCAUGGCAGUCUGUGAUGAAGACAACUUCUUGCAGAAGUGGGCCUACGACGAGAGCACAGGCUUAAUCCGGCACACUGGGGGAAAGUGCCUGGAUGCCUCUAUGAGAGAGGUGCUGGAAGGAUUGGUGCACCUCUGGGCCUGUGACAGCAGCAACCCGAACCAGAUGUGGGAGUGGGAUUCUGGCAACACUGGCAGGGUGAAGAACAAAUAUGGCAUUUGCCUGGACGCACCCCGUCCACAGGACGUGGGGAGUGGUGUGCACAUGUGGACCUGCGACGAGGCGAUCACCAAUCAGAGAUGGCACUUCGUCCCCGCCGGCACGGAGAAUUUCACCACGGCCGCGCCUUCCUCCACGAGCCAAGCCUCGACCUCUCCCGGGGAGACGACGAAGAGCACGACCGCAGGGCCGACGACUACUACGACCACGACACCCGAGCCGCUGUCUGCUUUUCGAAACUGCCAGCUGGAGCCACUGGUGGAAGGCUCCGGCUGCAAGCUCCUCGAGGUCGCCGAGGGCACGGAGUAUGAUUUGGGCGAGAAUGGGCAGGAGACAGCCGGCCGCCAUGCUUGCUUGAAGAAGCUUCGCAAUGUGUCGGAGGCAGACACCCUUGUCCACUCCCUCGGCCGGUGUGAACUCUGGCACUGCUCCACACUCGCCCGAGUUCGGAUGUCAUCUGGACCUGGCGGUGGCCUCUCCGAGUCCCCAUAUGCUGUAACUUUCAAAACUGCCAAUGGCCACUACAUCACAGCAGAGGAAGACGGAGCCAUGAAGGCUGAGGAGGAAACCUUUGUGCCCGAGGCCCUCUUCUUACUCAUGCCGGCGGAAAACGGCAAGUUCGUUCUCAAAGCACAGAACGACCGGUUCGUGAAAGCAGAACCGAGUGGUCAUCUUUCGGCGGUGACAGAGGCCUGGGAUGACUGGGAGGAGUUUGAUCUUGUGAAGCAUGACGGCGGCAAGGUCUCGCUGCGCAGCUUUCACAGCAAAUACGUAUCAGAAGGGAGCGGUGGAUCUGUAGCCGCCAAUGCGGCCUCUGCCACCAUGUUGGAACUUGUGAACCGCAGCCGACACGAUGGAUUCGAGAACCUGCAGUUUCACAAGACAGUGUCAGAUGAAGUCAGCCACUCAGUGUGCGCUAGGCCUGCCGAGCAAGCCGCGGUCCGAUGCUGCUCCAGCGAUGGUUCGGUGGCCAGUGAAGACCAGUAUGGGUGCCACGAGAGGAAGAACUAUUCCGAGGCAGAGGCGGUCUGCCAAGCUCAGAGCCUGGAGCUGUGCACAGAAGUCCAGGCCAAAAGCUGCCCUGGCUGCAGCACCUGUGGCUUUGAGACCAAGCAGGUUUGGACUUCUACAGCAUGCGAAGGCACGGAAGGGCUCACCCAGCGGCGUCUGAGCCAAAGGAACGACCACGCCGCCGUCGUCAGCAGGUUCUGCGGAUAUCAGCCGGGCAAAGGUGGCCUCCAUGGUGAGGAGGUAAGGUCCACCGUCUUCGUGAAAUUGAUGGAGUGGAACUACAACGACAUUGCCAAGGAGUGUGUGGAAUACCUGGCUCCCAAUGGCUUCGACGCUGUCCAAGUGGCGCCUGUCACUGAACAUGUACUGGGCUACCAGUGGUGGGUAAAAUAUCAGCCCGUUUCCGCCGGUCUAGACACACGCUCGGGAACGGAAGCGGAAUUCAGGGCGAUGGUGGCCACUUGCCGCUCUGUGGGCGUCCAGGUGAUUGUGGACAUCCUCAUGAACCACAUGGCCUCUCCUUGCAAGGCAGCGCGAAAAUUGAAGAAGAAACAAAAAAACUGGUCCGAGGAAGAAGACAUGCCUUGCGUCGGCUGGGGUGGCAGCCGCUAUGGCAACCGACUCCAAAAGGGGGCACGAGGAUGGGACGCCGCGAACCCCAAGCAUUUCCAUCACAAGAAGGAGGACACCACCCAGCCUCAAUGCAAGGUGGGGCCGCAGACUGGGUGGCUCUGCCCCGACGAUGACUGCACGCCCUGUGACAUGCGACUUGACUUUGCGUGGAGUCAGAUCCCCAUGCCUUGGUGGAGCCAGAGCCACUUGAACCGCUUGGACCUACUCCGUGGUCGAGAUCAAGAGGUGCAUCCGCCAAGUGCUUUGCCCGAGAAGAUGAGCCAGGCGUCCAGUCCGUGGACUUUGCCGCUCCCUCCACCACUUCCCAACCUGCAAGAAUGCAUGGCGAUGGACGGGGAGGUGCGACGCCCCAGUCCCAACUGGGACCUCGAGCACUUUGACUUGGAGCCCGCUUACGUCCGCUUGGAAGCUGGCCCUGCCGUGAGGGCGUCAGGGCGUGGCAAGUGCCCAGCUCCCUGGCUCUUCGAGAGCCCAAGCAGCCCAAACAAGCCGAGCCCAGGAGUACCAGGAGCUUCCGUUCCCAGCGACCCGGGGCUCUCAGGGCAGCGGCUGAAGCGAGUCCUCCAUGUCAAGCAGGCUCCGAUUUACAAGUAUGGGGAGUGGUGUGCCCAUUGGGCCGAGAAAGGUGGGAGGGCUCCCAGCGAUCCCAUGACGCCACGCUCCGACUUGACAAAAUCCGAGUUUGACGUGCAGUACGGGGCUUGGAGGAAGGCCCUGGUAGAAGGGCCUCCGCAAGGGCGGGGUGCCCGAAUCCUUGAGCUCGACCAGCACUUGUAUGCCUUGCCUGACUACGCGACAGAGCUGAAAGAGGUUCGGGAGAUGCAGGCCAAGCAUUUGGAGGAGCUCUUUCACAUUGGCGUGACUGCGCUUCGUGUGGAUGCAGCUAUCUACCAUCAUGUCUAUGAGCUGGCGGACAUGCUCAAUGGGCUUCCGUGGGAUCUCGUCUACCAGGAGUGGUGGGGCGAAUAUCCGCCACAUGAUCGUACCGAGUAUGUCGGCCUGUACCGGGAUGUGGCCUACCGCUGGCAUUUGGUGAAUCGGUUGGCGGGCAAGAACGCCACGGAUCUGCCGGAGCUCCUGGAACUCGAUGGUGGCGUCUUCGGCAUCACUCAGGACAUGGCCGUCUAUCCUUUCGCCUACCACGACGGGCGCAGCAAGGAUGCGGAUCCCGAAAUCGCUACCUACAAGAACGGGCUGGCCUUCCACCAGCAGCAGAAGUUCUUCCUGUCCUGGCCGUUCGGGGAGAAAGUGCUGAUCUGGGGUGGCUACGGAUGGCGGGAUACGAACCAUGGGCCGCCAGGCUGCGAUAAGUCGGACGGUGACCACUGCACGCCAGACGCCGUCUACGAUGAGGACGGACACGCCCAGUGCAUGCCGGCCCCAACGGUCUCUCCUCUACCCAAGUCGGCUGCCAGAGAGCGGCGGUGGAUUUGUGAACACCGAUGGCAGGGUGUGGCGGGCAUGAUGCACUUUCGAAAGGCCUGUCGACAACAUGCGGUGUCAGAGAAGUGGGAAGGUGGAAAGACUGAAGGCAUCGGCAUCGGCCGUGUUGCCUUCCGCCUGGGUAGUGACUGCUUCGUCGCACUUACGCGUGGCAGGAGAGAGGACGAGGAUGAGGAUGUGGCUGGGGUUGGUGGGACUUGGGACCUGACAGGCCUCAAGAUCGCGCUGCCCCAGGGUCGAUACUGCGACAUGUCCUCGCUCCACACGCAGAAGGGUUGGGACCAAAGCAGUUGUCCCAGGGAGGUGGAGGUGGAUGAGGAAGGAGUGAUCCAGCAUGGCUCCGUCACACAGGGA